AUAGCGAGAAGAGACGGAUGGUAGAAUUAAUAUUUCAGCUACAAUUCACUGGGAAUAAUAACCAAGUAGAAUGCAGUACACACAACUAACUACCGUUUCACAACUUGAGGCCGCUAUGGACAGGUCUCCGACAUUGGAACCGAUACCUUCGGAUAACUCAUCAGGGGAGCAGAAUGGCGAUUCUUCCGAUGACGGUUUGACCCACGGGGAGAACACCCUUAGUGUAGCAGAACCCGGAGAUAUGACGAAUGAUGUUGGAAAAUCACCGGAUACCAAAUCAUCAUCUCCAAAAGCGAACUCGGAACUUUUAUCAGGUAAAAAUUUGACUUUCUCUCCUGAACAGGUGGCAUGUGUUUGUGAGGCGUUGCAACAAAAGGGUGACAUUGAACGUUUAGCCAGAUUUUUGUGGUCAUUACCCCCAAGUGAACUAUUAAGGGGGAGCGAAGCCGUGCUAAAAGCCAGAGCAACUGUUGCAUUUCACCGAGGCAGCUACCGAGAACUAUACGCUAUAUUAGAGAGCCACACAUUCGAAGGAACGAAUCACAAUUUCUUACAACAACUGUGGUACAAGUCCCAUUAUAUGGAGGCUCAGAAAAUUAGGGGUCGACCGUUAGGGGCUGUUGAUAAAUAUAGACUCAGGAGAAAAUACCCAUUACCUAAAACUAUUUGGGAUGGAGAAGAGACUAUUUACUGUUUUAAAGAGAAAUCUAGACAAGCUUUAAAGGAAUGUUAUAAACAGAACAGAUAUCCGACACCAGAUGAAAAACGAACCCUUGCUAAAAAGACCGGCUUGACCUUAACACAGGUCAGUAAUUGGUUUAAAAACAGACGACAACGGGAUCGAACUCCACAGACACAACAACAUCCUCAUGAUAUGACAGAAGAGUCUAUGAAACAUGCCAUGCAUCAAAUGUGUAAUAUGAACCAAUCAAUGUUGACUCAUGAUUAUGGCCGGGACUACAACAUGGCGCCCAAAAUGCUUGACGAUAUGAGGUCAAACUUUUCCAUGCCUUUGGUAAAAUCCGAACCUUUGCCUCCUCAUUAUUUCUGUUCACCUCAAAUGGAACAUCACCAUCACCAACUUCAUCACUCUGUGCCGCCAGUUUGACAGAUGAAUGAUUACUAAAACAUUGGCCAAAAUAAAAACUGUUGAAAUUCAAAUAUUCGAAACAACAUCAAGUGUUUUUGCAACACUGAAACAUUGAACAAACAGCAACAGCAACGUGUUGUAAUUGUCGUCUGUUUGUUUGUUAAUAUUUGUGAAUCGAUGUUUUGUUGUGUUUAAACUAUUUAACUUGCGACGAUGGUGGUAUUAAACAACAGAAGUAUUUCUGGUCUCCGGGGAGCGUUUUGUUUUAAAGAAAGAAAUUAGAUGUAGUAAUUGAUAGUUAUUUUGAUCCAAAAUAAUCAAUCGCGCUCGCCAGUCAUCAUUAAUUUGCUGAAAGCUGCGGCUACAUUUGACGAAGGUUAGUUCGUCUCCUCAGCUAAACCUAUAGAGGCGACUUCAGUGACGACGCUGUAAUAACGUUUACUAUUUUAGUGUUAUGUUGUUUAAUAAUACAUAUUGUGAAUUAAGGCCAUUGCGAAAAGAGCAAAAUUGAUUUUAUUGAUCACAUUGAUCUUGUUUAAAGCUGACCUAAGCCAAAAAUGAUUAAUUUAUAGGAACAUACUACAUUACGUACCAGAUUGAAAAUAUCCCAUGAAGUCGAGUAGAUGAAUUUGUCUUUCAUUUGAUCGUCGAAAUUUAUACCAGGAGAUAUCAGAAAUUCAAUGAUUGAUCAGGGAGCACCAACUAAUUUAACUAUUCACGUUGGUGUAGAACGUUGUAAAAUUACAGAUAUUCUUAAUGGUGCAUUCCAACCAAAGACCGUAGAAGAAAAUACGAAGUAUUUUAUUCCAAGAUUAUACAAUACAGCAUAGUAUUGAUCGACCAAAGAUUUUUAUUGUUUGUAAUAUAAAUAAAGCCUUGUGUAAAUAUUAAAUACGAUGUCUUAUAAGACACCACUUAUGACACAAAUAUAUCGUGUAUGUAAUAUAGGAUGUAGUAUUCAAGUUAAGUACAAAUUAAACGCACACGUUUCUAUGUGGAAUGCAUGUACGAUUGAUAUUAAUGACUAUAAUCUUUUGUUGCGAGACAAUUAGGUUUGGUUCAAGUUGGAAGUAUAAUAAAAUAGUAUUGAAAAUAUAUUUUUAUCUACAUUUGUAUUAGACCUUUUAUAAACCAAAAGAAAUUUAUUAAUGAAAUACAUUUUGAUAUAUUUUCCUUUCUUUAUCAUAUUUAAUUCCUUGUGGUCUAUCCCGUGCAUCUGAACAAAAAUCUAAAAUCUUUCUUAACUGGGUGACUUUUUAUUUUAUCUAUUGGGCCUAUUGUUAGCUAUUGUAAAGGAGCUAAAUCUCUCUUUUUUGGCACCUACAAAUGGACACAAAUGGGUCGCAACGCAUAUAAUAAUGUAAUAUGAAUGUAUAUAAACUAAUUUACAUUCAAUCGUUUCUGUUUUACUGUAAUUUCUAAUCAGUUAUGUUCGGCGAAAUACGCGAUGAGUCAAAAUUGAAUGGCAGUCUGGUUCAUCGAGUCACUUCAUUACAAAUGGCGCCCGAUAGCAUUCUCGCACGCGAUUCUCUGCCAAUUUUAAAAUUUUCAUUUUGUCUUAACUAUUGGAUAUUAGAAGCCAACAUCAAUGUUGAUUUAAAUCGACCAAUAAGCUGUGUUUGCGAUUAAACUUAAAUUGUCACGGUAUGAUUAAUUGAAUUAAAUAGGCUAAAUAAUUAUAGUGAUAUAAUUCAUGGUUUCCACAUAAUAUGUGUUUUAUAGAAUGUCCCCAGCAAGAAACCGUACUUCACAUUAAGUAUCAAUAUGUGUUAUUUUAUUGUUUUGUUUGUAUUAUUAUAUAAAAAGUGCUAUUUUCUAAUUUGUGCUAACCAAAAUCUGAGCUAAGAUUUUCUGAUUAUUCAAUUGUCCAAUGGUAUAUGAUAUUACGUCGCUUUAUUUAAUACCUUUCUAAAUCGCCGUUAUUGAACGUAAUAUUUAACGUUUUUACUCUGAAACGUCGUUAUUCAGCCGAUAUCGGUUGCAUUUGUGAUGUCAGAGAUAUAUCAUAUCGUUGUUUUUGCAAUCGUUACAGUACGCUACUUUAUAAACACAGAUCUGUUCCAACGACGAUGUAACGUGCUUUAAUACAAACAAUUUAACAUCAACCACUUAUAUCGGCCAAAGAUUUUUAUUUUAAUGUUUUAUUGAAAAAAUGACUACGAGACUUACUAAGCCUAAGAUGUACAUAGUUAAACACUUUAUCGUUGAAAUAAUUAAACUCUUUCAGUUGACCUACUGCUAUAUUAUUAUAGCUGUUGUUGGUAGUUAAAUACGGUUUACAAAUGUAACAUUUAAUAUUGAAAUUUGAAUCAUAUGAAUUAUAUACUCGAGUGUAUUAAUUAUUGGAGGUUCUCAGUUGACCCUAUACAGGAAAUCAAAUAGCCGGAAUAAAAUUAGAGUAAUUACUUAUCAAAUUUACGUUGGUCAUUGAUUUAUUUAUAUAUGCAUACAUCCGUGUAUAAUUGACGAUUGCUUCCAUGAACUAUUUAAAAUAAAUCCUUGGUGGUUUUUUUUUUUGUUCUGAAAACCUCAUUAGCCUUUUGCUGAGAUUAUUUUCGGUUCUUCUUUGCUACACUUUAUAAUUAUGUCUUGUGUACCAAUUUUGUUACAUUUGCAAAAUUUGUUAUUGGAUGUUUAUAAAUAUGUUAAUUUUUUAUUUGAUUGAAUCACAUUUUCAAAUGAACUAAAUUUUAAAGUCAUGAUUUAUUUUUUCUUUUAAAUACAUUGCGGUUAAGCUGUAACAAGUUUUACCUUAAAUCUGCAAGUAUAUAUAAUUAUUUUCAACUAGUAGCUUUUAAUUUUGUGCCAUUGAUAUCAUUAAAUAUUAUUUAUAUUACUGUCCAUUGAAAAUUCCACCAAGCUGCAAUAUUAAUGAAAUGUGAGGUUUUUAUCAUUUAAAAAUCAGGCGCUCGCGGGUGUACUUUGAAUAUUUAUUUGAUUUAGCAACUGUCUAGCAAAUUUUAGACCCUUUUCUGUAAAGCUUUGCAAUUAAAUCUCAGUUUCACACCAGGAUAAUAAAAGCAGACUAGCUUCUAGAGAUUAUCCCAACAAUGCCUUAUACAUGCAUGUACAUUCCCUUUUAAACGAGAAUACAUUGACUAUAGGCGGUCAUCUUGUAUUAUAAAUAUAUACAUAUAAAUAUCAUAUUUUAAAAAAGUGUUGUUUGUUGUCUUAAAAAUAAAAUUUGAAAUAUUUUACAA